AUGAAGUUAUCCUCAACAGGUAGCAGUGUGCCCCAGGUUCCUAGCUAUCCAGCCCAGCGUCCGCAGGUGCCCCAGGUUCCUAGCUACCCUUCCAAGCCGCAGGUGCCCAAGAAGCAGCUGCAACAGCCCCAGGUUCCCCAGCAAACACAGCAGCUGCCUGGCUAUCCUGCCCAGCAGCAGCCCCAGCGCCCAAGCAGCAGCAGUCUGGCUAUCCUCCCAAGCAGCAGCCGCAACAGCCCCAGGUAUCCAAGAAACUCCAGCAGCAGCCUGGCUAUCCCGCCCAGCAGCAGCCGCAACAGCCCCAGGUAUCCAAGAAACCCCCGCAGCAGCCUGGCUAUCCUGCCCAGCAGCAGCCGCAACAGCCCCAGGUAUCCAAGAAACCCCCGCAGCAGCCUGGCUAUCCUGCCCAGCAGCAGCGUCCGCAACAGCCCCAGGUUCCCGAGCAUCCCCAGCAGCAUGGCUAUCCUGCCCAGCGUCCGCAGGUGCCCCAGGUUCCUAGCUAUCCUCCCCUGCAGCAGGUGCCCCAACCCCAGGUUCCCCAGAUGCAGCAGCAGCCUGGCUAUCAUCCCCAGCAGCAGCGGCCGCAACAGCCCCAGGUUCCCCAGCGACCCAAGCAGCAGCAGCCUGGCUAUCCUUCCCAGCAGCAGCCUGGGUAUCCUCCCCAGAAGCAGCUGCAACAGCCCCAGGUUCCCCAGUGGCCCAAGCAGCAGCAGCCUGGCUAUCCUUCCCAGCAACAGCCACAACAACCCCAGCGUUCCAAGCAGCAGCCUGGGUAUCCUCCCCAGAAGCAGCCGCAACAGCCCCAGGUUCCCCAGCAACCGCAGCAGCAGCCUGGCUAUCCUGCCCAGCAGCAGCGUCCCCGCAGGUGCCCCAGGUUCCUAG